UGAUGGCUAGCGAUGUGACAACGCCCAGGGUCAUUGCCAGCGACCUUCUGGACUCGUCUGGCAAUAGCGCCGUUACGUCUUUCGAUAUGUUAGGCACAAACGCUAUCACAAAUGCUUCUACAUUCCCUGCUCUUCUCACCGCAGUCAGCCGUCUCGUGAGCACACCUCCUACAGAAGAGGAAGUUUUUGCCCCAGAGCAGCUGCAGACGAUCUCUGCAGCCUUUGUCACACUAUCGGAGUCGUUCCGGCUUGCGAGAAAUCGCAUUCUACUCCACCAAAAAAACAAAAAGGCGCUAAUAAACACAUGGCCGACCUUUAGACGAUGGAUCCUCAAGUUUUUCGAGCUUGCGUUCUUCAAAAGCGUCCUAGAACUCGAGAGUUGCCUCACUCCCGCUGGCAACCACGACGCUUGGGACGUUAUAGGUUGGAUCUGCCUCGUUAACUAUGAAUUGGCCCUGAAUGAGGAGCUUGUCAAGGAUAUGCAGAGACCAGACUUCCGGGCUGCGCACAUUCGUUUGUGGGUCAAAGUGCGAUCUUGUUCCACCCCGAGGAUCCUCGCGGAGGACCGCAUCGGGGACGUCAUGGACCUUAUAACCCCAAACUUUAUCUGGAAUCCGAAUAACCAGUUAUUUGAGCAGGUCGUGGAGAGCUUUCCGGAAGAGUUCGUCCUCAAGUGCUACCAUCGUGUCAUCGCUCGCGUGACAGGGCCAAACUAUCGGAAGGCAGGCCACGACAACUGGAUGAUCUGCUUCCGUUUUGUGUCGUUCAUUAUCGCCCAUUCCCCUCCCCUUUGUUUUCUGUUCCUUGCGAACAAGAGUCUAUAUUGGAUGGUGCACGGCUUCAAAAAACAGCUAUCGCGACAUGCAACUAUUAACGGCAGAGACGCGUACGUCAAGUUUUAUCCCUCUUUGAUGCACGCCGCUCGAGCGUCUUUCUCCGACUCGCAUACAUGGAUCCCUCAGGCAAUCAAAGCACACUUGCUCCCCUUGAUGUUGAAGAGUUCACGACACCUUAACGCUAUAUGUGCCAAAGACCCCGAUGUCCCUGAAAGGAUGAAGGAGGUCUACUUCCAUCUUGGCACAAACCUUAUCCACCAGGAAGUGUUACGAUGUACAAUGAAAGCUAUGCGCUACCUCCGAAAGAAGGUGAAGGAGACACUGCUGGAAUACAUCAGUGCAGCAGAUGUCAGCGAGCUUUCUACUGCUCUCGGGCGUGUCAGAAGGCAGACUGGGUGGAGCAUCGGGAAGAGUGCGAAAGAAAUACGACAGCAAAGAGCAAGGGUGCUCGAAGCCGAUGAACGCUCGACGACCUUCAUAGAGGCCCAUGCUUCGUACCUUUUAAAAACGAGGAACUUCACUCAGAUGGCGCAUGCCUACCAGAUGGCCAACCCCAGGACUCCAUCGCACAUGAUCGUCGCAGACCUGGAUUACACCAAGUUGCCUCCGACGCUAUCUGUGAAAAGUGCUCUCAAAUACAGCGGGUACGACAACUUUGAGAGUAUAAUCACUGAUGCGUCGGAGAAUCCGGGCGAAGGGAAAGUGGCACACAUUUCCGUCCCUUUCAUUCAUGACAAGCCAGAGAGCAUGUUGACCGUACUGUAUGAUCAUGAGGAUUUUGUAGACUAGA